AUGGCACUCGACGACCGCCCUCGUGUGCCCCCGCCCAUUUAUCUGCGGUCGUCGAGUACGCAGCCGCAGAGCAAGGCCGGGACACUCCACAUACAUGUGCCUGGAUGGGGCAUUGCGCUUGUGAGGCCACCUAGACAGUACGAUCUGCACCCCCUCGACGUUGGUGGGACAUCGCGGGAACCGCCAGCAGAGGACACAGUGCUAACCGGCACGCUGGAGGUAGUCAUGAAAGAGAGGCGCCGCGUGCGCGCCAUUAGCAUUGGCGUACAAAGCGUGUGCCGUCUCAACAUGAUGGGAUCCCGCGGCUGGGAAGAAGAUGGCAUAUUUGAGCGAGGCGUUGAAAUCCUCGGCGACGAUGACGGGGAAGGCAUUUGGCUCGAAAAAGGGAGCCAAAGCUUCACCUUCUCCAUCCUGCUGCCUGCGACGCUGGCAACACACGACUACCAUGCCUACGGGCGAGUCUCCUACAUCCUCACCGCGCGGGUGGAAGGGAUGCCAGCGACAGGCCGCCUCAACCAGAUGUUCAAGAGCAGGGAGACGCCAAUCCAGGGUGCGGUGCCGUUCCUCGCUGACUUCAACAUGGUGAUCGCUCGUUCUGAUAAGAUUGCUCUGGAACAGGCGGCGGCCCUCUCCGGUAGCGCGGCGCCGCAUUUGAGCCGCGGAUCGUCACACGAUCGAUCAGACUCGUUGUCCAGCAGCAUGAGCGCUCUUGGGCUAGGUCUUGACACCCCACCCACACCUGGAUCUGACGUGGCUAUUGCCUUUGGCGACGAGAGCUCCUCACCGUCGACGCCAUUGCGUGGGCUGUAUCACCGUCGGCACAGCUCCAACAUGCUCGAUCCGCCGCAGAUGAAUGGGUCUAGCUCGCCGUCCGGUUCGCGACCCUCGCCCCUCCGCCGUGAUACUGAAGACCAGGCUUCCAUACGCUCAAGGAGUAGCAGCGUGGACCUGACUGCGAUAAAGAGCGAAAAAGCCGAGAAAGCCGGGUGGUUAAUCGGCGACAUAUGUGGCAUCCGCGCUUUCAAGGUCCACGCCAAUCCCGCACCGAGCGGCGGCGCGUAUCAGCUUGAUAUCCGCAAGGAGGGUUAUGUCGAAGGGCUAGGUCUGUGGCGCUUCAGCGCUACCUCGGACGCAUUCAGCGUGGCGAGCGUCAUGAUGGUCAACCUGACUAUACCCGCCCCGUCGCCCAAGUGCUCGAUCUUCUUCGUCCGCCUCAUCCUCUCGCAGAGCUACGUCAUAUACUCGCCGCGCACGCCCAACGAUGCGCCCACUAAGGCCGAGGCGCCCAAGAACCACGUCGUGUACCAGGUUGGCCGGCCACACCGCCACGGCGAAGCGGUGCUGGGACACAGCGUAGAAGCGCUGUGGCGUGGGCCCGAGGCGGGGGGCAAGUCUACGUCAGCUGGAUGGCGGACGCGUGCGGUCGCCCGUCUCCCGAACCACGAGAAGAUCAGACCGUCAACCAAUCCUGGCACUAUCACGCCGAUCCGGGUCGCACACGAGUUCCUCCUGCGUGUAUUCUACUCGAUCGAGGGCGAGAGCGUCGCAGGCAAACCGAUCAAGGGGCCGGGCGAGGUACGCAUGUGCCAGGUGCGCCUGCCUGUCAUCGUGCCAUCUUGCCUGUGCUCGACGGCGACUCUCAACCUGCCGACAUACGAAUGCGCGCGCGAAGCGAGCAAGGGCGAAAAGGAGCUGGAUCCGAGCAAGAUGUGCCAGUGCGGGACGUCGUUUGCCGAGCUCAGCGCCGCCGCACUGCGGCGGCCUGAAGCGGAAGCUCUGCCAGAUGACUGGCAACCCAGCCCCGAUCAGCCGUCUAGCCAGACGAACGGCAAAGUGCGGGAAGCGUCGCGUGAGCCACGGGGAUCUUUGGGUGGGGGCUGA